CGUGCAUAAAAUGCAAGAACGUUCUCGCAGUCAAACGGACUUCAGUGAAGUGUAUCUGAAUUUACUUGUUCCGACUUCCUUCUAUAUAAAUCGAACUCACAUCCUUCUCAAGCAAUGAAAUCGCUCCGCUGUUUCUGGAUGAAUCCAAUGAUUUUCGCCCGUGAUUGGACCAAAUAUGAUUACGUAAGAGAAACACGCCUCGAAGUGAUGAAAAGGAAACUAUCAAAAGCCAUCGACUACUUACGGAACAACAUCGAAUACAAUCAAGGAAUUGCCAGAACCCUGCGAGACGAAUUAUGCGCUCAAGUGGAGAAGUUCCGAGAGGACUACCCGUCUAUCUGCUUGACUCCUGAGAAAGCGCGUGAUGGGCGAACUGUGUUUGUUUAUAAUAUUGCCAAGGAAGCGGAGGUCGAGGAUCUGAAGUGGCACUUCGGAUGGUGCGGACUGGUGAAAUCGGUGAUUUUAUGCUGGAAGGAUAAGGUAUCGAAUCGGGUGGCUUACAUUGAGUUUGAAGACGAAAUUUACGCGAACAUCGCAUUAUGCAUGAACAAGUCCUUGUUUAUGGGUCAAAGGAUACAAAUCGUUCCACGAAAUAUGACGGUGGAGGUGAACAUUAUGCAGGCCAUUACCACGUUCUGGGGGCAACGGCUGGAAUCACAGUUCCUCUGCAUGCGGCCGGUCAAAAGCAAGCUUCAAUUAUUGAAUGCAUUAUCGGAUCAACUACAUGAUUUGAUGGAAAUAUAUAUCGAGGCGGAAAACUGUGGGAACAAUACCAGCUCCAUCAAAAUAUUUGAUUUGAUUCGGCGGAGCAAGAAAUCAUUGAGCAUGGUUGACAGAUUCGAAAAUUGCAACGAUGAUGAAUGUUGAGUCUGAACAUUAAUUAUUAACUUAUUUUGAAUAAACAUAUAGAAUGCGUGCGUCCGAAGAAA